UUUCGCUCACAAUUUUGUUGGAGCGUUGACUGUAGUUGCCUUACGGCAGUGACGGCAAUAAUCAUUCACUGUAAAGUACCAUUGAUAACAGAGAUUCUCUGUUGAUAACAACUGCAAAAAUGUAGAGCAGAUUCGUUUUCAAGUCAAAUGAAUGAACGAGAAGGCGGCCUCACGCAACGAAUUCAGACCUUUCCCUCACUCAUCUGCGUAAUAGCAAGAUAAGGUAAUAAACUACUAGCAUUGAGUAACUAUACUUAUCGUUAGUAGUGUGCUAGAGUCUGAAGCAUUGAAAGAUCGUAUAUCGAGUUUUUUAAAAUGCACCCGAUACUCUGGACACUUAUGGUCGUGAUCAUUAGUUGCCAUUCUUUUGCCAGAUCUGACAUGAAUGCUGAAGAUUGUCAGUGUGGCAAGAUUUUAAACAGGAAAAUCAAUGAUCUACAUGACCUAUCAAGUGAAUACUGUUCAGCCGAUGGUAGUAGUGCAUGUAUGCUCAAGGGCACAGAAUAUCAAGCAACCGAUGUUCACAAUGGAAUGGUAUUGAUAAAUGCUGGUAUAUUCACCAUUGGUACCAAUCGACACAUAUUUGUAGCUGAUGGUGAGGGUCCAAGACGCAAUGUAACAUUGCAUAGUUUCUACAUAGAUAAAUAUGAAGUUAGUAACGAGAACUUUGAUAAAUUUGUCAAAUCUACUCAAUACAAAACUGAGGCCGAGAAGUUUGGGGAUUCUUUUGUCUUCGAAGGUUUAUUAAGUGAGGACUCAAAAUCUAAAAUUAAUGAGGCAGUUGCUCAAGCACCCUGGUGGCUUCCAGUGAAACAUGCCAGUUGGCAUCAUCCUGAAGGAUCAGAUUCUGACAUAACAGAUAGAAUGGAUCAUCCAGUGAUUCAUGUGUCGUGGCACGAUGCAGUAGCGUACUGCAAAUGGGCCGGAAAACGACUACCAACAGAAUCAGAAUGGGAAACUGCAUGCAGAGGCGGCCUUGUUACAGAACGUUUGUUUCCUUGGGGUAACCGUCUCACCCCGAAUAAUCAACACAGGACUAAUAUUUGGCAAGGGAUUUUCCCUACGAACAACAGCGCUGAAGAUGGGUAUGAAGGGACAUCACCAGUCACACAGUACCCUCCUAAUGGUUACGGCCUUUAUAACAUGGUAGGUAAUGUGUGGGAAUGGACUUCAGAUUGGUGGACGACUGAACACAGUGAUCAACCCACAAAUAAUCCGAUCGGACCAUCAAGUGGAACAGAUAAAGUAAAAAAAGGAGGAUCAUAUUUGUGUCAUGAAAGUUACUGCUACAGAUACAGAUGCGCUGCACGUAGCCAAAAUACACCAGAUACGUCCGCUGGCAAUCUCGGUUUCAGAUGUGCAAUGUCGACAUAGCAGUGUGCAAUGUACUUACUCUAUACUUUAUAAAUAUAGAAAAUCCAAGAUGUAUCAUAGUAUACAUGAAUCUUCUGAACUUUGAUAAGUCGUGAGUCUUCCAAAGAAACGAUCAGCUAGCUCAAUACCUAUCUUUAUGAUGACAAGUUUAUCAUGUAAUCUAAUGAUCUCUAAACCAAAAUUAUAUUAUUCUCUAUAACAAAUUAUGAGAUUCAUGUGAGUUAUUUAGAUUUGCCUAGAUUACAGCUAAUAGGAAUAAACUUUAUAUGAAUUCCUAA